AUGCCGAGUGUUCUACAUCCAGCUAUCGACCCCUUGGACAUCGCGUUAGCUGUCCCUGCGAAUGAGUCUCCACUCGAGAGGCAGGCCAGGCUGUCGGCCGAGUCAGAGGCGAAAAGGAUUUCGGACAUGAUCGAUGAGGAGCUGCAGCGUCAGGAAAGAGCGGAGAAGAAAGGGCCAAGAUCAGUGAAGAUACUGCUACUCGGUCAAAGUGAAUCAGGCAAAUCCACUACAUUGAAAAAUUUUCAGUUAAUGAAUUCGCCCAAAGCGUUCCGAGCCGAACGAGCCUCGUGGCGGGCAGUCAUUCACCUCAAUAUUGUACGCUCCAUUCGCAUGAUCCUCGACGUCAUGGCGGAAGCACAAGCCACUCAAACAGCGGCUGGGUAUGGUCCUCCAUCUUCUAUGUUGCGUCCCUCAAGCAGUCGUGAUAACCCCAGCCGGCCAAGCGACCCCGACCAGCCCCUCUUGACGGCCGAACACUUGAAGCUAAAGAUGCGCCUAUCGCCGCUCCUCCAGGUAGAACAGACCCUGGUGCGCAAACUCACCCCGCCAGGCUCUGCAGAAUUCGAAGCCACGCACCUGGCGAGCGUCACGAGUGGAUAUGUCGAGCGUGCCCGAUCGAAGGAGGUUGCGGUGAAUUCGCAAUUUGCGUGGAAAAACAUGUUCUCCCGAUUUUUGCCAGAGUCGCGCGAGAGCUUUGACAGCAGUAGAGAUGGGAUCGACUGGGAUGAUCCCGAUGACCCCGGACGAAUUAUAUAUGCAUGCGGGGAGGACAUGAUCCGGUUGUGGAACGAUGAUACUAUUCGGAAGCUUCUGAAAAUGCAUAAUCUGCGACUUGAGGAUCGGUCAGGAUUUUUUCUGGACUCACUAGAACGCAUCACAGCGCCACAUUAUGUGCCAGCCGAUGAUGAUAUCCUUCGUGCUCGAUUGAAGACACUUGGAAUCACAGAAUAUCGAUUUACUAUCAAAGACGGCUCAUUGGGUGGAUCAACACGUGAAUGGAAGAUCUUCGACGUCGGCGGUCACAGAUCUCUAGAAGAUUCUGUCUUACUCUGGAAGUCUAUCGUUUCCAAUCCCUUACUCUCGAAGACCAGCCUUGUGUUGUUAUUGAAUAAGAUCGAUAUCUUCAAGACGAAGUUGGAAGCGGGGAUACGGCUCGCCAAGUAUAUCGUCUCAUAUGGGAAUAGACCAAAUGACUACGAGACUACAUCAACAUACCUACGGCGGAAGUUUGCGCAGAUACACCAGGAUCGAUCGCCUGAGCCCCGCCCGUUCUAUUGUCAUUUCACCAAUGUUAUUGACACCAAAUCUACCCGCUUAAUACUCGCGGAUGUGCAAGAUACUUCCACCCGAUACUCGGACAAAUUGGAAGAUUUGGACGAUGUUAUGCGAACAGUCUCAGUAGACAAUACCGUACAAAGCAAUGCACAAUCCAUCACGCAGAUCGGAACGCCAUCAUCUGGGAAUAUACCCGUACAGAUGUUGGGAAAACGGAAAUCGUUGACAAGGGAGGCGACAUUGAUUACAGACGCCGUUGGGCCGACGAAGCUGCGCAGAACAUCGAAUACAAACUCUCAGCGGACAAAUCGAUCAACUGGGCUGUCGGAUACAGUGGUGUUAUCCACAGAAGCAUCUCCUCAUCGAUCACAUUAUGUUCCUGCCGCCCUGGUGGGGAGCUCUGCCCCCACUCCAGCAGCUACAUCAGAGUUUCAGCCUGUGAUAAUCGCCUACUCACAUGCGCUCCGUGGAUAUGUGGACCCGCUCGUGUGGGGUGCGCAGUGGGAGAUCUCUAGAUUCGUAAGUGCGGGGGUAGGCUACGACAAAUUCCCGAUUCACAAUCUGGUCGAGCUGCGCGACCUGAGGACGAAUGCCAAGUCAGCACCCGAAGUGGCAAGAAUGGUUGCCACUGAAUGUGGUCUAAAGUCGGCAAGUGCAAAAGAGCUCCGUGAUAGCCCGUUCGCAUCGGUGUUUGCAAAGGAGAAUAGUGUUAAACACCCAUGGGAUGAGCUAGACAAGGAAGCUAAAAUCCUCUCUCAAGCAGUACACGGUGGCCUCGGUUGUAAUGAAUCUGAGCUGUUUCUCCUUGAUGAUCCAUGGUAUGGGGGACGGGUCCAUUUUACAGGAAAAUUGGUCUUCGUAGCUGACACUGCAGGAAAUUCGAGUUAUCAAGUACGCCUAGAUCGCCCGGUCCUUGGACCGUCAUGUGAAUUUUCUCGCCGAUUUGGGUCAUAUCAAUUCAUUCGUAUCCGCAUACCCAAAGACAUACUCAACCAAUCGGACAAGAAAGGCUGGGGCGGUGGUAACUUGUUGGAGUAUUUUCGCCGGCCGUUUGUAGUGAGCAGUCGGGUAUUCAGGGCGUUUUAUUCCAAGGAGCACAACGUAUUCCUCGUCCAAACUAACGAGUGCUGGGACGGGACAAGAAUUGUUGAGGCAAAGCCAACUUCAAGACCACCACACGAUCAAACACUUUCCUUUCUCGAGUUUCUGAAGUUUCACAAUAACAUGGAGCUCAAUCGACACCAAACAAUGGUCAAAUGGGCCGCGCGCUUCGCUCUCGGACUCUCGAAUUCUGUGCCUGGAGCACGAGUACGACCAUCUGAGAUUGCUUUUGAGGACGAUAUCAUUUGUGCCGCAUGGGACGGCAAUGGAAAAGCGCCAAAUGAACAGAUCAUGACCGACGGCUGUGGUCUAAUAAGCACGGAUAUUCUACAACUCAUCGCUGAUCGGCUAGGCUUAUCCUCUGUCCCGACCGCGAUUCAAAUGCGCGUGUGUGGCAGUAAGGGCAUCCUCCUCGCGCACCCGCAUCCACAGCGGCCGAGCUUGGCCUCAUCUCCGCGCGUAUGGCUGCGACCAUCUCAGGUCAAAAUUAAACACUCUACGACAAAUCAGUUGCCCGCGAACCUGGACCCCGCGUUAUGUACGAUCGAUGUACUACGUCCUUCCCGAUUGACUAGCCCAGUCCGGCUCUCGACCGAGACUAUUAUUAAUCUGGCCGAGAACGGGGUGCCCACGGAUGUGUUUAUCAACCUCAUGAAGGCGACCUUGAAAGCGAAAGUACACAGCUUGACUAAUUGGGAGGGUAGCUUGGGCCUAUUCAAGUUAUGGAUGAAUGUUGCGCGUGCAGGAAAUGUUUUCAUGGCGCGACUAGCACGAGAAGCUGCAGGAGCUGCUCGUGCAAAAGGUUUUGUUUUCGAAGAUUUUGUCGGGGAAGAGACUAAUGACGAAGACGGGCUGAACCAUCUCGAUGAAGCGAUUGAAGACCAUUCGACUGCAUGGUGGGAUGACCCCAUUAGUGGUUGCCCAUCCUCACUUGAAGAGACCGUUAUGGUACUCUUAGAUGCUGGGUUCAAUCCAAAGACCUGCCCUGUGCUCGCCGCAAAGCUCAAAGAAGUUGUGAAGCGCGUCAUUACUACGAUGGUCAGGAAGUAUCAAAUUGAGGUAUCGCAGUCAUUGUCUGCGGUCAUUGUUCCUGAUCCCUGCAAUGUUCUAAGGCCAGGUGAGAUUCAUGUCAAGAGUAGCCAAAGAAACCUUGUGGACCAAGAUGGCAAGCGGACAGACAUUAUUCUAGGGGACGUGCUGGUCACAAGACAUCCGUGCAAAGUACCCACUGAUGUUCAAAAAGUUCAGGCGGUAUACCACGAAAAGCUCCGGAAUUAUGUGGAUGUCAUCGUUGUCUCCACAAAGGACCACAUCUAUGGUAAUAAGUUAUUAAAUAGACACCUCGCAAGUUGUACUGGCGGCGGUGACUACGAUGGCGACAUGAUGGAAGUCUUUUGGAAGCGCGAACUUGUCUCCGCGUUCGUCAAUGCUGACCCCAAGUUUCUUCAAGAACCACCUGGCGUCCAGUUCUGUUUGUCGAAGAACACAGAAACGGUUGCACAAUACCUAGCACAUACUCCUCUGAAUGGACCGAAAGAAAAAAUCAUAUGUGAAUUGCAAGCAUACCUUCUUGGGAGUCUCCAGGAUAGUGCGAUGGUCGGGAUAUACUCAACCUGGUGGGAAAACUCGAUAUAUGCAUCAGGAUAUUGUCAUCCGACAACAAUAUUCUUGGCGUACAUGUUCUGCGCCAUUCUUGACGGAUCCAAGACCGGUGUCAGAGUGCUACCUGGCGCAUAUGAAAAGCAUAAGCGUACUUAUGCCCACCGUCCACCCGUCUGGAAGGAAACCGAGGAGGAACGCGAGCGUCAUAUAAGAGCAGAGACGAACGAACCCAACCUUCGGCGAGAGACUGAGCGUCUCGGGGUGUUCAUCAUGGACGAGAUCUUUGAACAGGCUCAAGUUGAAUGCCGCGGACAUCUCGCUCACGUCGACGAGGUCCUGAACCCCACCGUUGUCUUGCUAGACGCAGAUCUGGUGGCACCCUUCGAGGAGAUGGAGAUUCGUGCGCAGAAGCUACUGAAGCUACGUGGUGACAAUGGCAUGCUGCAGGAGCUUCAAGAAAUCCAAAAACAUGUAGAGAAGGUGUAUUCUAACUGGAGAAGGUCGCGACAUGUGGACGAGGGUCGCAGCGGGUCGGGCGGGAGCGGGGUCAGUGGAGGGAAGAGUAAAGUCGGAUUCACCGGUCUUCCCAUCGAGAAACGCCAGGACAGACUCCGCGAACUGUCACAACAAUUUCAUGGCGGGCCUUCCCCUUCGUCUGAGCUGCUCUAUUUCGAUGAAGUGUCGCUGCGGCGCGUACGCGCAUCGUAUGCUUACAUUUUCGACCAUCGCAGCUCGCCGUACAAAUGGUCGCGCUUUCCAUGGGACGUCAGCAUGCGCACACUAUGCGAGAUCAAGGCUAACGCACUAGGGCCAAGCAAGACGCUGACCGAAGAUUUUUAUGCAAGGAUGUCGAUUAAUAAGGCAUUCCUUCGCGAGGCACAGUGA